GGCCAAGUCUACAGUAAAAUAAUGUACUAAUAAAAAAGAAUUAUAAAAUACCCGUUACAAACGUUAUUUUUUAAACUUUAAUUUGUGGUAGACUAUAUUUUACGUUUUUAGAGUUCAGUGGGUACCUGGCCUUCCUUCGUGAGUACUAUGGAAUAUUGAAAUGCUAUCUGUUGAAUACUCUGAUGUUGCUGCCUUCUGCUGGAGCGGCACUACCCCGACUACCCGUGUUGUGAUGGCGAGGAAACCCCGUUGACAAGGCACUGCUUUUUCAUGACGGAAAUAAAGGGUGGAGGUUAAUGAAUGAUUCCAUGCUCGCUGUCAGAAAGCUGUGUCAUGGAUGAUGAGGACGAUCGCCGUCUUCUGGAUAUUAUAGGAGAUGUGCAGGCUUUGAAUGACUACCUCCACGGGUCCACCAACAAGUCUAUUGAAGAAGAUGACGUGACAAACGCAGCAUAUGGCUCUGCAGGAACCUUCUUCAACAGUAACACUACUGGCUCUAAUGCCGGCCUUAAAGAUGAAGAGUUUGAAGAUUCAGCCGGGGCAGGCCUCCAGCUCUCCAGCAGCCUUUCGUUUAUCGAGGAUGAGCUGGGAGGAGGAACCUCUCCAGGAGGAAUGGACCUCGGAGAAGACCAGCCCUUUGACAUUCUGCAGAAGUCUCUCAUGGAGGCAGACAUCACUGAACAGACUCUGGCCCAGGAGGCCAUGCUAGAUUCUCAACCACCUCCCCCCUCUGCCCCCUCCCAAUUCCCCCCCCAGCUGGUCUCAGGGGGGUACAGUGGUGGGGGCACCACGGCAGCAUUUCCUGGUGGUCAGUUCAUCCAGGGUGUGUCCAACUUGCCCAACGGCCAGGCAGGAGGGCACAUCCAGGUGUUAGGUUCCUUUGGAGGGGGAGGGGUCCAACAGAUCCUCCUCAGGCAGGGCGUGGGGGUUGGUGGGGCAGUGGGAGGAGCAGCAGGGGGUCAAGUUUUUGCCACCCCAUCCCCAGCUGGGCAGGUGAACCAGGUGGGCUUGCCAUUUAAGAACAUCCCCCUGCAGAACAUCAUCAUCCAGAGAGGACCAGGGGGAACCCAAGCAUUGGUCAGACCUAUUCAGCCCAAACCCCUUCAAGGUGGGGGUCAGACUGUCUACAGCCUGGGACUACAGACCACAACCACCACUAUGGUUAACGCAGCAGCACAGGGACACUAUACAGCUAACGGCUCAAUAAUGGUCCACUCCCCCCAGAACCAGGGACCGCAAGGCCAGGCCAGCCUGCCCCCGGGGCAGUACCUGGUCCACCACAAUGGACCUUCAGAACCAUCCCAAUCAACCAUGCUAGCCAAUCAGAACACAGUGCAGCUUGUCACCGGGCAAAACUUCACAGCCACGGCGGGAGGUCAGCUGAUCCAGGUUGGAGGCAGCCAGGUAGGAGGAGCCUUGAACCAAACAUGGCAGAGUUUUCCUGGUGUGAGCCCUGUCCCCGUUCAGACAGCAUCAAAUCAAGGGCGCCUGACUUUGGUUGGAACGGCAACCACAGGGGUUAGAGGUCAGGUGUCGGGCAGCGCUGUGCAGCGCCUCAUAGUAACUCAGAACAACUCCCUCUCCCCCUUGUCUCUCUCUGGUACUGGUACUGCCACACCGGAACAGGAGUACACACAGGACAAGCAGGCUCAGACUCAGCUCGUCAACCUCCUUGGAAACAAAGCUGUGAAAACAAUGACCUCCACCAUAAGCCAAGACUCCUCGCUAAACACUCAGGUUAGCGCUCAGAAGAGGCCGGCCCCUCAGCAGCUCACUAGAGGAGGAAUGAUGCUACAGCAGUUGAGGAUGGAUCAUUCAGGCGUUCUGUCACCUGACAUAACUCGCUUCACCUCAUUGGAUGACGCACUGGAGAGACUACUCCCUUACCAUGUGUUCCACGGAGCAGCAUCAAAGAAGGAAGAGUUUUCCCAAGUGGAUGAUGAGUUUGAGUCGAUGGCGACUCAGGUAUUGAAAAGGACCCAGGUCAUGAUCAACAAAUACAGACGACUGCUAAUGGUGGAAGCUGAGCGUUCCAGUCCCUCCUCAGAGAUGGUGAUGAUUGACAGGACCUUUAACCAAGAGGAGCGCCAGAACUUGACACAGGACAAACGUAUGAUACUGGUUGACCCAGAUGGCUUCUUGGAUGAUUUCUGCUGUGGAACGAAGUCAUCUUCCCUCUCAGCCCCCUCCCUUCCCUCGGACCCUCUCUCCUCUUCUUCGUCCAGCCUCGUCCAUAGACAGACAGGGAGGGGUGUAACCCCAGACCCCCAUUACAGGACAGACCCCGAGUCGGGCUUCGGAGACCCGGGGGGAGGCGGGGGGGGAGCAAUAGACUCUGUUAGUAAUAUCAUGGACCUGAAAAGGACUCAACAGAGCAACUAUGGAAACAUAGCUGCCUCUAGCAACAACAACAACAACAGCAACUAUCACCAUUGUAAUGAGUCUCCUACAGUCACAGCGACGGUGUCGACAGGGACAGAACAGACUCGGUACUUGUCUCACCUACCCUCUCUCCCCCAGGCCCCCUUGCCUCUCCCCUCCACCCCACCAGACACAGACUCUGUUUUAGAGGCAGCCGUCAAUAGCAUUCUCGAAUGUUAGAAAGAUGUGCCACCACUCUUAUCGUUCCAUCUCUCGCAUCCUACCAUCCUUUCCUCCCAGCUUGAUCUGUGGGUUACUGGUUUGUUGUAGUUUAUUUUCUACCUUCUCGUUGUCAGUCCAGAUCAACCAGCUUUGAGGUAGUUAGUCACAGAAAUAUAAUCUAGAUUAUAUUACUACGGUUACAGUACUGUAAUUACUGUAAGGCAGCCAGGGGUUAUGACCUCUUGCAUCCUAUCCUGUUGGGUGUGAAUGAAGAAAGGAAUCCACUGAAACCCAACAUUAGGCCAUGUCCCGCUAUGCUGAAGUUAAGGAGGGAGGAAGAUGAUUAUGAUGAAGAUUAUGAUUCUGUGCCUGAGAAUUCUUGUGUUGUCUUUGAAAUGUUUACAUGAAGAAGCCUUGUAAAAAUGUCCUUUUACUUUUUUGCACCUGACAUUACACAGCUACAAAUACAACACACAAUAGUGA